CUGCGCAUUCCACUCUAGUCAUGGCGGCCUACGGGCAGACGGCGGGUAGCGGAGUUCUGAAGACCUGCGACCUUGACCGGAUUUUGGAGGCGCUGAAACUGCUGCUGAGCCCGGGAGGAUCGGGCUCAAGUUCACUACAGAUCACAAAACGUGAUGUCUUGUUGGCUACCUUAAAAUCUAACCUGUCUGAUUUGGAGGACAAGUUUCUGAAGGAUCCUCAUUGGACGAAAUUGAAACUCCUGAGAGAUGAAAUUGCUAAUAAGACAGAAUGGCCACAAAAUUCUGUGGAUGUCACCUGGAGUUUUACCUCCCAAACCUUGCUGUUGCUUUUGUGCUUAAAGGAAACCAUGUUCCGCCUUGCAGCUGAUUUCAGUCCAGGUAAACCUAACCCUAGGACUCCAGAGGCUGCUCCUGCCUUGAGCCCUGAUACACUUAGCAUCUCACAGCAGAAGACCGUCCAGUCAGUUUUGCAAUUUGUAGUCACCUUAGGUGUCUGCCCCUAUCUCAUGCCUGGUGUUGGAGUCCCUUUGAGAUACAAGACUGAGUUUGUUGCUGUUGUUCAAGACCUGGUACGUCUCGAUGCUGCCCCCAGUGCAACCCGGAGAUUGUACACCAGCUGCAGGGUCCUCCUAAAUGUUGCUCAGCAUGCAUCUCUCGGGAGCUUGAUUUUCUGCCACCAUUUUGGGGAUAUUGCAGCAGGACUGUGCCAACUGGGAUUCUGCCCAACCAAAAGAAAACCACAAAAACCUAUGGAAGAGGUAAAGGUUUUAAAUGAAGAGGAAAGAGCCCUAUCUAGGGGGGCCUUGAGAGACAUCUUGGAUCAAGUGUAUCAACCAUUAGCAGUCCGGGAAUUACUUAUCCUCCAGGGAGGACCAGCCCAGCCCUGCACAGACGGGAAGACACAGGUUGGGUCUCUGGCCCCAGCUUGGCUUCGGCGUCUUUGUGGGCAGCUGCUCUCUGAAAGAUUAAUGCGACCCAGUGGUGUUCAGGCAGUAGUCCGGGGCAUUUUGGAAGGAGCAGGGGCUGGGGCAGCUGGUGGAAGUGAUGCUGAGGUGAUGGCUGCUGACUGGAAGAAGUGUGACUUGAUUGCAAAGAUUUUGGCCUCUUGUCCCCAGCAGUCUCUUUCACCAGAGAGUUACUAUAAGGAUAUCUGCCCCCAGAUUCUGGAUUUAUUUCACCUUCAAGAUAAAUUGACAGCGCGACAAUUUCAGAGAGUUGCUACCACUACAUUUAUUACUAUGUCAGGGGAACGCCCACAGUUGGCAGCAAAGUAUUUACUUCAACCAGUGUUAGCCCCUCUUCAUCGAUGUUUGAAUACAGCAGAGAUUCCAGAGCAUGACAUGGUACCAGGAACCAUUUUGGUGACAGAAGAAGAACUUAGUACAUGUAUUGAGGAUGUAUUUAAGGUGUAUGUGGUCGGGAAUGAACCUCUAACAGUUUUGGUGGAUUCCCUACUUCCAGUCCUGGGAGUGCUCUUUUCUCUCUACUGUUUUACCAAGCAGAGUGUGUCUCACAUAAGGUCACUUUGCCAAGAGAUCCUAUUAUGGAUUCUGGGGAAGCUGGAAAGGAAGAAGGCAGUUGCUAGCCUGAAAGGAUUUGCAGGGUUGGACAAAUCUGUGCCCUCUUUCCAUUCUCUGUGUCAGUUUAGAGCUGCCACUCAAGGUGGCAUUAUGAUUACCAUCCAAGAAGCCAUUAGCAGUGAGGAAGAUGAAGAUGAAGCCCUGUACCAGAAGGUGUCCUCAGAGCAGUGCCAGGUAGAGCAUCUUGGGGACUUGCUGUUCCUAUGCCAGGAAUGUGGUUUGGCAGGAGACUUCUUCAUCUUCUGCCUGCAGGAGUUGACUCAGGUAGCCGCGGAAGAUGAAACAGAGUUAAAAACCAAGCUCUUCUCCAGCAAAAGCCUCUUGGAAUUAGAACGGCACCAAAGUUUUCUUGUGGAAGGCCAGGAGCGGAAGCUGCUGAUCUUGCAGUUGAUGGCAGUUCUGUGUGAAAGAGUGUCAGAGCAGAUAUUCACAAACAUCACUCAGGUGGUGGACUUUGUAGCAGCAACUUUGCAGAGAGCAUGUGCAAGCUUGGCCCAUCAGGCAGAGAGCACUGUGGAAUCGCAGACGUUAAGCAUGUCCAUGGGGCUGGUGGCUGUCAUGCUGGGAGGAGCUGUUCAGUUGAAGUCAAGUGAUUUUGCUGUCCUGAAGCAAUUGCUGCCUCUGCUGGAGAAGGUCUCCAACACAUAUCCUGACCCUGUCAUCCAAGAACUCGCUGUUGAUCUCCGCAUCACCAUUGCUACCCAUGGAGCCUUUCCCACCAAGGCUGUUGCUGUGGCUGCCGCCCAAAGUACCCUGAACAAAAGAGAUUCAGAAGGGAAAAUAGAAGAACAGCAACAAACCAAUUAUAAAAGAUUCACUGAUGUAGCUAAUAGCCACCUCGAACAACAGCAAAGCAAUGAGAAAUCCAACCACCAAACCGGCCUGAAAUCUAAUAAUACUCCGCUCAUUCCUCAGGAGGUGAAUGAACCGAGUACUACUACAAGCCAGAAAUCUGGAAGCAUAACCAUAGAAGAGCUUCAGGAGGUUCUUUUAUCAGCUUAUGAUCCUCAAAUUCCAACACGGGCAGCUGCUCUGAGAACUCUUUCUUAUUGGAUAGAGCAGAGAGAAGCAAAGGCCCUUGAGAUGCAAGAGAAGCUUCUCAAGAUAUUCUUGGAGAACUUGGAGCAUGAAGACACCUUUGUAUAUCUGUCUGCUAUUCAGGGGGUUGUACUGCUGUCAGAUGCUUACCCUGAGAAAAUCUUGCUUGGCCUUUUGGCUCAGUAUGACAGCAGUAAAGAUAAGCACACGCCAGAGACCAGAAUGAAAGUUGGGGAAGUCCUGAUGAGAAUUGUCAGAGCAUUGGGAGACAUGGUCUCAAAGUACCGAGAACCUCUGAUCCACACCUUCCUGAGGGGAACAAGAGAUCCAGAUAGUGCUCACAGAGCCAGCAGCUUAUCCAACCUUGGAGAACUGUGCCAGAGGCUGGACUUUCUGCUGGGCUCCAUGGUUCAUGAGAUAACAGCUUGCCUGAUUGCUGUGGCUAAAACAGAUCGUGAAGUUCAAGUGCGCAGAGCUGCCAUCCACGUGAUUGUGCUGCUGCUUCGGGGACUCAGCCAGAAAGCUACUGAGGUGCUGAGGGAUGUCCUCAAGGAUCUCUACCACCUGCUGAAGCACGUGGUGUGUUUGGAGCCCGAUGACGUGGCCAAGGUCCAUGCUCAGCUGGCCCUGGAAGAGUUGGAUGAGAUAAUGAGAAACUUCCUGUUCCCACCACAGAAGCUGGAGAAAAAGAUCGUGGUCCUGCCAUAACUAGACCUGGCUCAAAGGACGUAGAGGAGGGAGGGAGGGAACAAGCAGCGAGAGCAGCGCCCAAGCCUUCCAGCAGGUGGCCCCACUGCCUUUUGGUGCGGGCAAUAUGGCUAACCCUGGGGGUUGCUUUAUGACUCUCGCUACUUGUGUCUUCAGGCUGACCUUCUGAAAACAUCUAUUUAGCCACCUUGCAUCCAGCCUGGAGUGUGUACAGUUGAAAGAAAAAGGAUUACAAAUCUCAUUAAUCUGCACAUUUUCACUGUCUUGUAACAUUUAGAGAGGGAUGCUUACCUGAUGGAAGUAUAUUUUUAACACAACUGAUGGAAUUUGAUUAAGUGACCAUUCUCUUGUGACUUGAGUAGAAGAGGUUGGCCACCCAUGUGUGAGACGCCUUGAUUUUCUUCUGUGGUGAGAUUCUUCUUCCUAGUGAUAAUGAGGACCAGGCAGAGCUAGCCAUCCUUGGCUGCUUAAGAGGCAUUUCAGAGUUUGGAGAUGCAGUUGGAGGUGGGGAAGGGAAGGAAAUUGUUAUCAAAACAUGCAAAAUAGAUUAAAAUUAUCUUGCCUGGGAAGAAUAGCAGGUCUGAAUCUGGUCCUCUGCUACUGAGAUGGAAAACUAUGAAGUUGAGAGGCUUUGAUCCCUAGAAAAGAGAAUUAAGCUGGUUGAAUUUUCCAAAGAAGGGUAAGCUCUGUGUCUGUUCUCCCUGGCCAUUUUCUUUCCCUCCCUCUGCCUUUGUUUCUGUAGAGUUUCCCUGAUUAUCAAAAGAAGAGAGGCAAAAGCAUCUCAGAUGAGAGUUUAUAUAUUGCAUUCAGUGCUCUGCUUCUUUAGAAAGAUGAAUGCUUAGACAAUAGGUUAGUACAGAAUGAAUGCUGGAAACUAUGUUGCGUAUUGGUGACCUGAUGCCAGGUUUAUUGACAUAAUUUCAGAUGUAGCAUAUGCUGUGGGCUCCUGUUGACUUAUAUAUUUUGGCCACUGCACUUUGAUUGCAUCUUAAAGAGAUGACAAAAGGGAGAAACUGGCUGACUGCUUCAGACAAGUGUCCCCCUGAAAGGCUGUCAACACCUUGACAAGGCUAACCCACAGCCCUAUGACCAGUGGCAGGCUUUGCAGGGCUUGGUACAGAGUUCUGUCAGAGGUUUUAUCUGUACUGUCUGGAAUGAUCAGGCCAGGGGAACCAAAACACAAUUUCCAAAAAGUCUCAAGAGACUGAAGGAUCUGUAUAUAGACAUGCCCAUUUCCAGCUAACAGGAUAUUUCUCUCUGGCCUGAUUUACAGGCAUGUUCUUAGCUCAGAAAUUUUUGGUGAGCAUCUCUUUAAAGAGGCCAGAUUACACACAAUUAACAGAUCACAAGUUAGUUUAGUGAGCAAAGAAUUAGGACAAAGGCAAUUAGAUGUUUUUAAGGAAUAUUUCCAUUUAGCCAGGGUAGCUGUAUUCAUUUCCAUUCUCCAGAUCAAGGAUGUCUAGAAAAUUGGGAUUGGGGCUUUCAAAUCAGAAAAGAAUCUCUUUUGGGCCAGAUGAAUAUACGCUAAAAAUUCUUGUCCCUUGUCUUUCUUUAGCUAAACUUCAUCCAGCCCACUUCAGAUAAUCAGACUGAAUAUGUUAGAUAGUAUGGUUGAUUUAACCCACAGCUUUAUUUGCAUUAAAUACACUCCACUUCCAGGGACAUACCUUGAUUGAUCACCUUGAUUAGACUGAGAAACACUCUAGUCUAAAAACCUAGUUUCCUAGGGAGAGUCUCACAAAGCAUCCUAGUCCCUUUAUUUCCAUUUAUAAAUCACCUCUUCAUUUGAGCUAUUUGGCAAGUGGCUAAAGCAUCUGUUCUUUAUUGAUUUUGAUGGGUUCAGUUUCAGAGAGUGACUUUUUCUGACUUUGUUACCAAAUUCAAAAGAAAGAUACUGUAAUCCUCCUGAAUGUGACAAAAUUAUUCAAUUUUUCUAAAUUAUUAAAUAUAUCUUCCAAAUUAUUAAUAUAUACAUGAAGAUUCUUGGGAAAGAACAUGAAAACUUUAGCAUAAUAAAAGCAUAAAACUAAAAAAG